CCAGAGAGAAAUGCAUUUCUUUCAGUUAUUUGAAGCCUCUAAAACGCACUGUAACCUAUUCUAACCUCCAAAAAGCCGUCAUCAUUCUCAAAAACAACAACAUUGGUAAUAGGACACAUUCACUAUUUGAAAUGAAUCGAUGCCGAGUUAAAAAAUUCAGAAAUUCGUGGACUUCCGAGAAAAGCCCCAACUUCUCCGCCCUUCCUAGAUGGCCCUUCUCUUCACUAGUAUGUGGGACUCAACAAUGUUCCUAAGCACUUUGACACCGAAAUUCUACGUCGCCCUGACCGGCACCUCCUCCCUCAUCUCCGGCCUAAUCUUGAUAUUCGAGUGGUGGUACUUCCGCAAAUAUGGGACCUCCUUCAUAGAGCAAGUCUCCCUGAAUCACAUCUCGCCGUGGAUAGGAGGCGGAGAAACAUCCGCCGAAUCAGCAAACACACCGUUAAACAACGCCAACGCAUCGUCCCAGCAGAAUGUUCCCGAGUGCAAAGUCUGGCGGAAUCCGUUGAAUCUCUUCAGAGGUGCGGAGUAUCAACGCUUCUACUGGGCUACCAACAAGGAGCCCCUGACUUAUUACGACAUGAAUCUAUCCGCCCAGGAUCACCAGACGUUUUUCACGUGUGAGGGUGACACGGGUAAAGCCGAGUACGAGAUAAUGCAGACAGCCUGGCGCGAGCGUAAUCCAGUGGUUCGCAUAAAAGCUGCUCACAGUGCACUGGAGCGAAAUUCGGAUUGUGCACCAGCGUACAUUCUCCUCGCAGAGGAGGAGGCGACGACGAUUCUGGAGGCAGAGAAGAUUCUCAAGCAGGCCCUCAAAGUCGCGGAAAAUUACUACCGCAAGUCCCAAAACACCCAGCACCAGGGGACCAUAGCAGAAGCCAUUCACAGACGCGACACAAACGUCUUGAUUUACAUUCGUCGUCGUCUCGCCAUGUGCGCCAGAAAGCUCGGUAAGUUGAAGGAAGCCGUGAAAAUAUUCAGGGAUCUCACUAAAGAAGUCCCCCCAAUCAUGAAUGUCCUUAACAUUCACGAGAAUUUGAUCGAGGCACUGCUGGAGAUGCAGGCCUACGCUGACGUUCAAGCGGUGCUCGCUAAAUACGACGACAUCAGUCUCCCAAAAUCAGCGACUAUUUGCUACACAGCAGCUUUACUGAAAGCUAGAUUAGUUGCGGAUAAAUUUUCCCCGGAUAUAGCGUCCAAACGUGGUCUGACAACCGCGGAGAUGUCCGCGGUGGAGGCUAUCCACAGAGCUGUAGAAUUCAAUCCCCACGUUCCGAAAUAUCUUCUAGAAAUGAAACCUCUGAUUCUCCCUCCUGAGCACGUCCUCAAACGUGGUGAUUCAGAGGCCAUUGCCUAUGCAUUUUUCCAUCUUGCCCAUUGGAAGCAGAUGGAGGGGGCUCUUAAUCUCCUCCACUGCACGUGGGAAGGAACAUUCAGAAUGCUACCCUAUCCCCUGGAGAGGGGUCACCUGUUUUAUCCUUAUCCCACGUGCACAGAAUGCGCUGACAGGGAACUUCUUCCCGCUUUUCAUGAUGUCAGUGUAUAUCCUAAGAAGGAGUUGCCCUUUUUUAUUCUCUUCACUGCUGGACUGUGCUCCUUCACUGCAUUAUUGGCACUUCUCACUCAUCAGUACCCUGACACCAUGGGAUUUGUGGCGAGGGUUAUUCUCGCAUGGUUCAGCCUGCCAUUUUAUUAUAUUAUGGACAAACUGGAGGCCGUUCUACCGAGUAAUCUGUUGCAGCAGUUGUCGAGAAUAUAAGAGGACAGUAAGGGAUAUUUUUGAAAUAAUAGUUUUAAGAUGUGCACCGUUUUUUCUGGGUUUUCACCAGUUGAAGAAAUUUUUUUCAUUCAGGGAGGGGAAUGACGUGGGGAAGAUAUCAGCGUUUCUGGCAAGCGGAAUGUUUUUUUUUGGGGGAAAUAGUUAAUUGAAGAAAUUACUAAAUCUGUGGGAAAAUUAGGUGGAAAAAGUGAUAGCGAAGUAGCUAGAAAAUUUUAUUGGGAAUCUAUUGAAAUUUUAGAGAAUUCUUGACAGAGAUUUAGUUUCCGUGGGGAUUUCGCAAACUAGUUGAUAGAGAAAAAUCAAUUGAUUUCUUCUCAUUGUUCGAGUAUUCUUAUGAUUUUUUUAACUUACUCGACAAGUUCAAGUCAAGUUUUCAGAGUUGUUUUCAUUGACUUUUUUCUAUCAAAUUUUUAGUAGAAACCGUGCGAAAACGAAUGAGAUUUCAAAAAGAAUUACCUAGAACUUCAAUUGAGUCCUUAGAAUGUUUAGAAUUGAAUAGAAUCUUCUAACGAAAUCGCUAAGAUUUUUUUUUAGUUUUUUCAUAUGUGGUUUCUGAUGAACAGGUCAUGAGAUCCAUCUGAAAGCCAUGGAAAGUUUUAUUCGGCGGAUUUUAGUUUCAAAAAAAUGUGGCUACGAAAGUCAUUGGAAAUUGACAUCCCAAGUUAUUGUGAUUUUUAAAAUUCUUCUUUUGUUGAUUAAAUUAUAACGAUUGAGCUCUCGAGCUAACUUAACGUACUUAAAUGAAGUUAUAACUGAUGAAGGCUUGUACUCAGAGCAGUCUCUCUGAUUCCUUCCGACUGGGGGUGACAAUUUAGGAACAACUGUUCCUAAAGUAAUUAUCACCUUCAGUAGUUAAGGCAUUUCGCUCGAGGGAACUAAAAAAAAUAUUCACCUUUUUUUUGUUUUAUUUAAAGUAAUUUAUCCUAUGGAUUUAGUUUACUAUAAACAAAAAAAGCGAAGUAAUAAAUUACUGAGGAGGUAUUGUCGAUCUUUCGGAGAGACUGCUGGGUAAAAGGGCUUCGAAUGAAUCAGUUUCAAAUAUUUCGUACUAUUUUUUUAAGAUUCUUAUUUCUCUAUUUUGUAGCUAAAAUUGACACAAAAUUUCGCAUAAUUUAUUUCUAUUUAAUCAUUUUUUCCAACGCCAUUUUGAGGAGUACAAUCAAUCAGAAUUCACUCAGGUCUUCAGUUUCUUUCCCCAGAGAAUUCUCCAUUCUCACAUUAUCGUCUUCGAUUUUUAUAAUAACUUUUAUUUUUUUCUAAAUGCAUAAUAAAAAAAAAUGGAUUCACUAAAAUACUUUUUCUGUUAUAAAAGAAAAACUGAAGGAUGAUUUCAUUAGUUUGAAUUUCAUUUUCACCCCGUGGAAGAUAUUGUUCAAAAAUGAUAUUUUAUUGAAUUCAUUUUCAUUUAAAAACAGAACAAAAAAACAUUUUUUUGUACAAAUGUUUAUUUGGACACAAAAAAAGGGGUAACAUAUCGUUAUUUCUAUCGUGACUGAUUUUUUUUAAUUUAUAGAAUCUCUUCUUCUCUUACGUAAAAUAAGAUUUUCAUGAGUAAUUAGUAUAAAUGUCUGUUGCAAUGUACAAAAAGAGAAGAGUAAUGAAUAAGAUACUAGAAUAUCUUAUUAAUAUAUUUGCUUCCACUUGUAUGUACUCAUUCUUCCCUGAUGUACUGUCGCGCACACGAGUGAAAUCUCUGUGCUUUACACUGAGUUUUGAGGUAUUGUAAAGUUGUUGUAAUGGAGUAAUCAUAAUUAUACAAUGAUGAUGGAAUAAAUGUGGAUAGAAAAGCCA